GCCCCAACCCGCGCCCCAGAGCCUGCCGAGGCGCGGCCGGUAGGGCGCUGGAAGGGGGCACGGCACCCGGGACUCCCUGGCUGCCCGACACAGCCUCGGCGUGCCCCCAGGACCGCUGAAGUUCCUCUCGCCAGCCGCACCCAUGCUUCUGGCACGGAUGAACCCGCAGGUGCAGCCCGAGAACAGCGGGGCGGACCCGGUUCCCGAGCAGCCGCUGCGAGCGCGCAAAGCGGCGGAGCUGCUGCUGGUGAAGGAGCGCAACGGCGUCCACUGCCUCCUGGCGCCCCGCGGCGGCGACGCACAGGCCCGGGAGACCUGGGGCAAGAAGAUCGACUUCCUGCUGUCGGUGGUCGGCUUCGCGGUGGACCUGGCCAACGUGUGGCGUUUCCCCUACCUCUGCUACAAAAACGGCGGCGGUGCCUUCCUGAUCCCAUACACUUUGUUCCUCAUCAUCGCGGGGAUGCCCCUGUUCUACAUGGAGCUAGCUCUGGGACAGUACAACCGGGAAGGGGCCGCCACAGUGUGGAAGAUCUGCCCAUUCUUCAAAGGAGUUGGCUACGCUGUGAUCCUGAUCGCCCUCUACGUUGGCUUCUACUACAAUGUCAUCAUUGCCUGGUCCCUCUACUACCUCUUCUCCUCGUUCACUCUCAACCUGCCCUGGACUGACUGUGGCCACACCUGGAACAGCCCCAACUGCACUGACCCCAAGCUCCUCAAUGGCUCUGUGCUGGGCAACCACACCAAGUAUUCCAAGUACAAGUUCACGCCAGCAGCAGAGUUUUACGAGCGUGGCGUCCUACACCUUCACGAGAGCAGCGGGAUUCAUGACAUUGGCCUGCCCCAGUGGCAGCUCUUGCUCUGUCUGUUGGUUGUCGUCAUCGUCUUGUAUUUUAGCCUCUGGAAAGGAGUGAAGACAUCAGGAAAGGUGGUGUGGAUCACGGCCACACUGCCUUACCUGGUGCUGUUCGUGCUCCUGGUCCACGGCAUCACGCUGCCCGGCGCCUCCAACGGCAUCAACGCCUACCUGCACAUCGAUUUCUACCGCCUGAAAGAGGCCACGGUAUGGAUUGAUGCUGCAACUCAGAUAUUUUUUUCCUUGGGGGCUGGAUUUGGAGUCUUGAUUGCAUUUGCCAGUUACAACAAAUUUGACAACAACUGCUACAGGGACGCCCUGCUGACCAGCAGCAUCAACUGUGUCACCAGUUUCGUGUCUGGGUUUGCCAUCUUCUCCAUCCUCGGUUACAUGGCUGACAAACACAAGGUCAACAUCGAGGAUGUGGCCACUGAAGGAGCGGGCCUAGUGUUCAUCCUGUAUCCAGAAGCCAUUUCCACCCUGUCUGGAUCUACAUUCUGGGCUAUUGUGUUUUUCAUCAUGCUCCUGGCCCUGGGCCUUGACAGCUCAAUGGGAGGAAUGGAGGCUGUCAUCACCGGCCUGGCCGAUGACUUCCAGGUCCUGAAGAGACACCGGAAGCUCUUCACAUUUGGCGUCUCCUUCGGCACUUUCCUUCUGGCUCUGUUUUGCAUAACCAAGGGUGGAAUCUAUGUGCUGACCCUUCUGGACACCUUUGCGGCAGGCACCUCCAUCCUCUUUGCUGUACUCAUGGAAGCCAUCGGAGUUUCCUGGUUUUAUGGUGUGGACAGGUUCAGCAACGACAUCCAGCAGAUGAUGGGGUUCAAGCCGGGCCUGUACUGGAGAUUGUGCUGGAAGUUCGUCAGCCCUGCCUUCCUCCUGUUUGUGGUUGUGGUCAGCAUCAUCAACUUCAAGCCACUCACCUACGACGACUACAUCUUCCCACUCUGGGCCAACUGGGUUGGGUGGGGCAUUGCCCUGUCCUCCAUGGCUCUGGUACCGGUCUACAUCAUCUACAAGUUCCUCAGUAUGCAAGGCUCCCUGUGGGAGAGACUGGCCUAUGGCAUCACGCCGGAGAACGAGCACCACCUGGUGGCCCAGAGGGAUGUCAGGCAGUUCCAGCUGCAGCACUGGUUGGCCAUCUGAGCCAGCCCCAAGGACGAGGAUCAUCCUGUGCCAACGUCCAGGUCACAGGCAUCCGCUUUGCUCCCACCCUGGGCACCGUCUUGGGAUUCCUCUCCUGAAAGAUGUCCUUUCUGACCCUCUUGCUCUUUUCCUAGUUACACAUGAUUUAGUGACUCUGGUUUUGUGCCUCUUCCGUUCAUCUGACCUGGGGGCUGCAAGCUCGGAG